AGUUUUGCACAAAGGUUUUGUUUUGAUUUCUUCGAAUUGUUAGUCGCAAUAAAAAAAUUAUUAAUUCCUGUUCUUAUUAGCAACAAAUGAAGGUUUAAAUUAUAGUGAAAAUAGCUUAUAGCUGAUAAAAGACGUAAAGAAUAUAAUAAGAGAGUCGUUUAAUGGGAAAAAAUUGUUCAAAAGAGAAUGCGAUUCCUGUCACUGAAAAUAUCGAUGCAAUGGAAAAAAUGUAUACAGAAGCUGAUUAUAAAACCCGUUUAGAGCAGAAAUUAUACAUUUUCAAAGAAACACCUGAACCAAUAUGUGAUUUAUCAGAGUGUAAUUUGGAAAAAUUGCCGGGAAAUUCGCUCUUUUCUAUGAUCAAAGUGUUGCGAAAAGAAAUUCUUAUUCUUUCUAAAAACCGCUUAAAAUCGCUUGCUUCUGGUGGUCAGUUUAAUGAACUAGAAUUACUACAAGUCUUGGAUCUGAAUUACAACAAAUUUAAAGUGAUACCAAUAGAAAUUUGCGUUUUAAAAAAUCUGCGGGAACUAUUUCUAUCUAAUAACUUGUUAACACAGUUGCCAUCAACAAUCAAUCGUCUCAAGAAAUUAGAGUUAUUGGACGUUUCUAAUAACAACAUCACAGACCUUCGUUGCAUUUCCUUUAUGCCAGAAUUGAAAAUAUUGAAUGUGUCGGGUAAUAAACAAUUGAAAAUCUUACCACCUGAAUUGGCCACCUGUGAGAGUCUUCAUGAUUUAGUUUUUGAUAUUGAAAUAAUUGUAAGUCCAAGUAACGAUGUCUUGGCGACCGGACCUCAAAACAUUCUGAAAUUUCUAAGCACUGGAGAAUUAUCAGCGACCAAUGAUUUAGCUGCCGAAGAUAAAAUGUUAAUGCAAUCAAAUAAAAAGACAUCAAGUCGCAUCAUGGAUGAUAAAUCAAUCAGCACAACGAUGAAGUUUAUGGAGAAAGAAAAGUUUAUAAUGGCGCAAGAUGACUUUUUGGAGGAAAAACUUCACAAAGAGCAGCAAAAAAAGAAAGAAGAAAUGUUAAAAUCACUUCUUGAUCAACAAAGACAAGCUGAAAGUGCUGUUAAUCAAAUUCAAUCGCAAAAAGAUCUAGAAAGAAAGAAACUGAUCGAUGAUAUUAUGAAAUAUGAAGAAUCAUCAACUUUAGUUGUAAAUGAAUUGUUAUCAUUGAAGAAGGGACCUGAUGCAGCUUUACUGGAACUUGAAGAUAAAGCAAGAGAUGCUUUAUUGGAAAAAGUACACCUCGAACAAAACGAUUUACGCAAACGAGACGUCAUUUCAGCGAUGUCACAAUUACUCGAACAAGAACUAAGUUUGAUUCAAAACUAUCAAGAUGAACGUUCACUCUCAUCAAGAGUUCUGCUUGAGAAUGAAACGAAAACGAAUCUUUUAUUGGAUGACGUCAUUCAUGAAUAUGACAGAAAUCGUACAGAAAUUAUUGAGAAAGUAAAUCAAGAUGAAGAUUGGCAGAAAUCGGCUGUUGCUGCGCUUAUUGCUAAGAACGAUGCAAGAAGUUGGGGACUAAUGGAGCAAAUCAAGAUUGUGGAAUCACAAAUAGCAGCGAUGACAAAUUUGGAGAUUGAUAAGAAGAAAAUCAAUCAAGAUGAGAUUUUCAACGAUGUUGCUGACAAGCGAAUAAAUCUGACGAUGGUUUUGUUAGAUUUGAUGGAGCAGCAAGAUCAACGCAAACAACAAUUACGUGAAACUUUACUCGAUAUGGAAAAUCAAAAGACGGAAGAUGAUUUUUGGCUUCUUCAAUAUCAAAAGCUGAUCGAUUCACGUGGAGUUAUGCAGUCAAUGCAUGCAACGAUUGACCCUUCACUUGGUUAUAACUUUUUAAUUAAUGGCGUCAUUCAUGUUGUGCCGUUUUUAUUGAAGAUCUGGCAACGUAAAGACUUUCAAUUGGAAAAAGUUUCCGAUGAAGACUUAAGAAAUGCUGGAAUUAAGAAUCCGAAAGACCGACAAGGAAUCCUUCGAGCGAUUCAUGAAUUUUUGGCAAUUAAUCCAAGUUUCGAUGAAACAAGUUCGAAAAAACUUACUGACGAUGUUCCUGGUCCCAGCAAACCUCCGUCAGCUCCUCAGGAAGAAGAAUCAACGCAUAAGAGUCCAACUCAAAGUGCCUCAUCCAUCACCAGGGAAAACCCAGCAGAUGCUGUCAAUGCUAUCGAAUGCGUUAUUUGCAUGGACGCUCAAACUCGUGUCAUCUUCUUACCAUGCGGUCACUUGUGUUGCUGUAUUGAUUGCUCAACGAGUCUCGUCGAAUGUCCGAUGUGUCGAGCGUCAAUUGAACGGAAAAUUCGUGUCAUUCAAGCAUAAGAAACUUGAAAGUCAAAUUAUCGCGUGAUAGAAAGUUGGAAAACUUGACACCAAGACAUUCUUUUAAUUAUUUGUACUCAACAACCUUCAAUGGUUAACCAAAUACAAAUUUAGCCUUUAAGGUCGCAGAAUAUAAUCGAUUAUCAUGUAUUUAAAGUUUUUGGUCGUUUUCAGUAAGAAUUUCCUCUUCCUUUUCUUACCUUACAAUAUCUAAAGCAUAUUCAUUGAAUGACGACCAAAAACCGUAGAAUUUUGUUAAAGAAGAGAAGACAAAGCAUUUAGGAAAUGUUGCUCGUACUUUAAUCAAAAAUUGACUUUAUUCACAUUUUUCGAGUAGAGAAAUUUAAAAAGAAAUUAAAGAAAAGUAAAAAAAAUUAGAAUUUAAUUCGUUACUCGUGCAAUCGUUUGUUGUGUGCCACUUUUAAAAAGAUUUUCUUCUUGUCUACUCGUUACAAAAGUUGCUAAAAAUGUUUUUUUCUACUGUAAAAGUUUUAAUCUAAUGAAUAUAAAAAGAAGCGUUGAAUUUGUAAUUUUGAAAUAUUGAAAUAAAUUUAUUGAGCAAAAAUUGUUUACUUUUUCUUAUGAACAACUCCGCCAUAACGUGCGAUGAAAGCUUUGAUGUCAAACUUGCGUUUACAUCCUUCAUAGUUCAUGUAACGGAUCUUGCCGAAGACAGCUCGCUCGCCCCAACCUUGAUCAUGAAUGCCGCCGAUGCUCCACAUACAGCCGACAUAGCCAUUGGGAUCACGACCAUCUAAGUUAUAGCGAUCAUUGAGAUAAAUCGCCGUCUCCAAAGCUUCUUCAGGACUUGCUGUCCAUUCCAAAAUCUUCUUCGCCCAAUACAUUCGUAGGAAUCCGUGCAAUUUAGCUUCGACUCUUAAUUGAUUCUGUGCAGCAUUCCACAAAUCAUCAUGCGUUUUAGAUUUCUCGAGUUCAUCUCUUGUGUAUAAAUACGGACGUUUGUCUUUACGAUGAGCGUUUAAAGUUAUCUUAGCCCAGUCUGUGAUGCCAUCGAGAUUAUCGUAAUUCUUAUUAUGAAAGCAGAAAUUGUCGCUGAGUUCUCGACGAACGAUUGCUUCUUCACAAAAAGCAUCAACACUGUCUUUGGCUUUACUUUUAUGCUUUUGUACUUCAAUGAUCGCGCGUUGAACAGAAAUUUGUCCAAAAUGAAAGAAAGGCGAAAGAUUUGAAAGUGCGUUAAUUGUUGGAUCGUUUCGUUUGGUUGCAAACACUUUCAAUCGUUUAUUAAUGAAAGUUUCAAGAACUUCAACAGCGUUUUUAUAACCAGGUUUAAUCCAAUCAACAACUCCAACAGUUUCAUCAACUUUAAGUGAUUGCAAAGUUUUCUUCCAAUCAAUUUUAUCUGGCAUUUCAGUGGAUUUGUGAGGAUGUUUGACGAGUGGAGGGAACUCUGUAAGAAAUUCACCCAAUUUGCUGUUGAUCUUGUUUCUUAUCGUUCUUGCUGCAUAUUCUUGUUUAUCUGAUGUAAUCCAAAUGGGGACAAUGUUAUGAGCAUCAACUUGAACGAGAGGAACAUAAGGUGGAAGUUCUUUCUUGAUUCCAUCAACCCAACUUCGAUGAAUUCUCAAAGGACUAAAAUCACAAACAACAGCACCAAUUUUGUUGUUUUUAAUGAACUUUGGAAUUUCUUUUGUAUGUUCACCACGAAGAAGAUGAAAAUUUAUGUUAAGAGUGGUGCAAUCGUUUGCAACCUCUUCAAGUCCUUUCAACAUGAAGUCAAAGUGACGAAUUGUUGCACCAAGAAAGCCGUCAGUAAGGCAGAACACAACAUGUAAAGGAAUUUUAUUUUUAAUAGCAAGAUUUUGACUGAAAAGAAGUGCCCAAUUGUCCUGAACUCGCUGAUCUCGAGCCAUCCAGUAGGCAAUUCCGUUUGAUUUCUCAGCCACAUCUUCAACCUAAAAAAGGAUCUUCACUCGUUUCUUAUUAAACUUGAAAUCUCUAAUACUUUCAGCGGUUUUUAAUCUGUUAUUUUGUAUUGAAAUAACAAAAUCCGAACUUGAAUUUUCUGUUUUUGUCUUUUUCGAUGACGAUUGCUGAUCGUUUGUCUCGAGAAAUCGUUUCAUGAUUAAACUUCAAAAAUAAAAUUUCAUUUCUUUAAUGUUUUCAAUUGUUAAACUGAUUUAAGCUUAACGUACUCUAGGUGUUUACUUGUUUUCUGAAGAAAUUUAUUUUGUUUAUGACAACAAAACAAAAUCGCGCGAAAACUC